CACGUGGAGUUAGUAAGACAACGUUGUAACCACUAUAUAUUCAGGGCCAAUCUCGUUCUUCCAUCUUGCACUAAACAAUAAUUAAGAAAGCCUCUCCAAAAUGACGUUUUCUCGUAGCAGCUCGAUUUCCUUCUUCAUCCUUGCUUUAUUGGGCGUCUUAAUUAAUCCGGCGUUCUCUUCUCGCGUCUCAUCCUUCAUCAAGCUCCCGAGCUCCGUCGAAUCUCGCUCUUCCGACGUUUCCUACUGCGAGGGCUGGAGAUUGGCUGCCGAGACCAACAAUGCCGGAACCUGGAGGGUGGUUCCGUCUCAAUGCGAAAACUACGUUAAAAACUAUAUCAACGGAGGCCAGUUCGACAAAGAUUACGAUGUACUCGCUAGUUACGCCAUCGCCUACGCUAAAACGAUCAAUCUUUCCGGCAAAGAUAAGGACGCGUGGGUCUUUGACAUCGAUGAGACGCUUCUCUCGAAUCUUGAGUACUACAAGGCUCAUGGUUACGGGUCUGAACCGUACGACAAUACUUUGUUCAAUGAUUGGGUGGUAAAAGGAAAAGCCCCAGGUUUUGAUGCGAGCUUGAGGCUCUACAAAGCUCUCAAGAAACUUGGUUUCACUAUCAUUCUCCUAACCGGCCGAGAUGAAAGUCAAAGGAGUAUCACCGAGAAAAAUCUCCGCGACGCCGGUUAUUUCGGUUGGAACCGACUCCUCUUAAGGGGUCAUGAAGAUCAAGGAAAAGCAGCAACACAGUACAAAUCAGAGCAGAGAGCAAAAGUGGUUAAAGAAGGCUACACAAUCCAUGGAAGUGCUGGCGAUCAAUGGAGUGACUUGCACGGUUUUGCCGUGGCCACUCGUUCCUUCAAAGUCCCAAAUCCGAUGUACUAUAUUGCUUGAUCCUCUACUAUAUAUUAAUAUGUUGCAUGAGUUUGAGGUUUUAUGUAUGAAGAAGAAUUUAUGAAUUUAUUUCGUAAUUCAUUGAAUAA